AUGUUCAUAGCUGCACUAGCAAGGCCACACAUUUCACUGGAUGGAGAGGUCAGUUUUGAUGGGAAGAUAGGAAUCUUCCCAUUCAUAGAAGAGGUGGCAGCAAAGAGGUCAAGUUAUAACAGAGAUGUUGGGGUGCUUGAAACCAAAGCUCAAUUAAGCAUCACAAAAGAUGUCAUAAGGGAGAAGUUCAUAAAGCACAUACUGCCAUCUAUAAGAGAGAAGUGGCCAGAGGAUGGAUGCAAGCAAAUAUGGAUUGUACGUGUCCAAGACAAUGCAAGGCCACACAUAGCAAGUAAUGAUGAGCAGUUCAUGUUGGAAGCACAAAAAGAUGGUUUUGAUAUCAGAUUAAUCAAUCGGCCAGCACAGUCACCAGAUAUGAAUGUGUUAGAUCUUGGUUUUUUUAAUGCAAUUGAAACCUUAAAAGAUCAAAUAGCACCUAGAAGUGUGAAACAGUUGGUGAAGGCAGUGAACAAGGCAUUUGACAACUAUGAUCCUAAGUUAUGCAAUCAUAUUUGGUUAACUCUACAACAAGUGAUGAAGGAGACUCUAAUAGUUAAGGGUAACAACAAUUACCACAUACCACAUAUGGGGAAGAAAUCACUUGAGAGGAGGGGUGAGUUACCAACAUGUAAUGCCCACAAUUAG